AUGGCAUCGAAAACAGUAUUAAUUGGUGGAGGAACCGGCUUUAUCGGUAAACGUUUGGGAGAAAUAUUACAUAAAAAUAAAUAUAACGUCCUAAAUGUAUCACGAAUGCCUAGCGCAAAUUCUAUAACAUGGACAACAGUGGAAACUGGCUUACCGGAACAAACUCAUGCUGUUGUUAAUGUUGCUGGCCAGCAAACUAUGGAUUUUACCAGAAGUUGGACACCAGGCUUCAAGCAAAAUGUUAAAAACUCCAGGGUGUUUACAACCAGAGCGCUCGCUACAGCAAUAAACAAAAGUAGUGGUAAACCUAAAGUAUAUGUUGUAGUAACUGGUGUAGGUGCAUAUGAACCUUCAGAGACUAAUAAAUAUGAUGAAACUAGUCCAACAACGGGAAAAGAUUUCUUUUCAAAACUUCUAGUAGAGUGGGAGGAAGCUGCAAAAGUUGAUCCUCCUGUCAGACUUGUUAUUAUCAGAUCAGGAGUCGUGCUUGGCCGUGAUGGGGGAAUGAUAAAAAAUAUGAUACUACCAUUCUUCUUCGGUCUCGGAGGGCCAAUUGGUUCAGGGAAACAGUACCUACCAUGGAUCCAUAUUGAAGAUUUGACGCGCCUCAUAACUUUUGCAAUAGAAAAUGAAAAUGUUAAUGGUAUUCUAAAUGGAGUUGCACCGCAUGUUAUAACAAAUGGAGAAUUCACUCAGGCGUUUGCAAAGGCACUCUCAAGGCCAGCAUUUCUUCCGGUUCCUGAAUUUGUGCUUAAUUUUCUCUUGCACGAAGAAAGAGCAAUGUUGAUGACAAAAGGGCAGCAUGUCACACCUAAAAGAGUUCUAGAUUACGGCUUUAAAUACAAGUAUGAUAAAAUUGACGAGGCAUGUAUGGAAUUCGCUCAUUUAUUUCCAAAGAAAUAA